ACAGCAGCAGGCAGAAAUACUUUAAGGAAUCUCAUCGGUCAAUUUGGCAACCGCAUAGAGCCAUCACUGAGAUACAAAGAGCUUUCCAGCUAAUUGCUGAAAAGCACAGACAAAGAAUCGUCACAAUAAUACAGUUCUGGGAUGUAGAGACCUGCAUAAGUCCAAAUUUUGAAGCCCAGCCCGGCCCGGACUUUACAGCAAAUUUCAUAAGUUACGGGACGCCUGGUAAAAUUUUUGCCGAGAAGUUGCCGGGUUCUA